CCUCUCCUCCCCGCGCCUCUGUUCCAGGCGGCACCGAAGUCCUUCCUACACACACGCUAUUUUUGUACCAUCACUCUCUUCUUCCUCUCCCCUUCCCCCUGCGUUCACUUACUUCCUUCUUUUCCUUCACCUCGGCCCGGCUCUGAAAGGAUCGGGCCCCUCCGGCCCGCACCCACCCCCAAGAGGGGCCUUCAGCUUUGGGGCUCAGAGGCACGACCUCUUGGGGAGGAUUAAAAGGCAGACACCCCCCCACCCCCGCGCCUCCACUCCCCGACUCCUUCGCCGCCUCCAGCCUCUCGCCAGUGGGAAGCGAGGAGUAGCCGCGCGGCCGGAAUCCGGAGGCGAGGGGAGGUCGGCCGCAACUUCCCCAGUCCACCUUAAGAGGACGAUGUAGCCAGCUCGCAGCGCUGACCUUAGAAAAACAAGUUUGCGCAAAGUGGAGCGGGGACCCGGCCUCUGGGCAGCCCCGGCGGCGCUUCUAGUGCCUUCCAGCCCUCGCGGGCGGCGCAGCCGCGGCCCAUGGAGCCCGCCGGCCCGGCCCCCGGCCGCCUCGGGCCGCUGCUCUGCCUGCUGCUCGCCGCGUCCUGCGCCUGGUCAGGAGUGGCGGGUGAGGAGGAGCUGCAGGUGAUUCAGCCUAAGAAGUCUGUAUCGGUUGCAGCUGGAGAGUCGGCCACUCUGCACUGCCAUGCGACCUCCCUCAUCCCUGUGGGACCCAUCCAGUGGUUCAGAGGAGCUGGACCAGGCCGGGAAUUAAUCUACAAUCAGAAAGAAGGCCACUUCCCCCGGGUAACAGCUGUUUCAGACCCCACAAAGAGAAACAACAUGGACUUUUCCAUCCGCAUCAGUAACAUCACCCCAGCAGAUGCCGGCACCUACUACUGUGUGAAGUUCCGGAAAGGGAGCCCUGUCGAUGUGGAGUUUAAGUCUGGAGCAGGCACUGAGCUGUCUGUGCGUGCCAAACCCUCUGCCCCCGUGGUAUCGGGCCCUGCGGCAAGGGCCACACCUACGCACACAGUGAGCUUCACCUGCGAGUCCCAUGGCUUCUCACCCAGAGACAUCACCCUGAAAUGGUUCAAAAAUGGGAAUCAGCUCUCAGACUUCCAGACCAACGUGGACCCCGCAGGAGAGAGCGUGUCCUACAGCAUCCAUAGCACAGCCAAGGUAGUGCUGGCCCACGAGGACGUUCGCUCUCAAGUCAUCUGUGAGGUGGCCCACGUCACCUUGCAGGGGGACCCUCUUCGUGGGACUGCCAACUUGUCUGAGACCAUCCGAGUUCCACCCACCUUGGAGGUUACUCAGCAGCCCAUGAGGGCAGAGAACCAGGUGAAUGUCACCUGCCAGGUGAGGAAGUUCUACCCCCAGAGACUACAGCUGACCUGGUUGGAGAAUGGAAACGUGUCCCGGACAGAAACGGCCUCGACCCUUACAGAGAACAAGGAUGGCACCUACAGCUGGAUGAGCUGGCUCCUGGUGAAUGUAUCUGCCCACAGGGAUGAUGUGAAGCUCACCUGCCAGGUGGAGCAUGACGGGCAGCCAGCGAUCAGCAAAAGCCAUGACCUGAAGGUCUCAGCCCACCCGAAGGAGCAGGGCUCAAAUACCGCCGCUGAGAACACUGGACCUAAUGAACGGAACAUCUAUAUUGUGGUGGGCGUGGUGUGCACCUUGCUGGUGGCCCUACUGAUGGCGGCCCUCUACCUCGUCCGAAUCAGACAGAAGAAAGCCCAGGGCUCCACUUCUUCUACAAGGUUGCAUGAGCCCGAGAAGAAUGCCAGAGAAAUAACACAGGUACAGUCCUUGGACACAAAUGAUAUCACAUAUGCAGACCUGAACGUGCCCAAGGGGAAGAAGCCUGCUCCCCAGGCCGCAGAGCCCAACAACCACACGGAGUAUGCCAGCAUUCAGACCAGCCCGCAGCCCGCAUCGGAGGACACCCUCACCUAUGCUGACCUGGACAUGGUCCACCUCAACCGGACCCCCAAGCAGCCGGCCCCCAAGCCCGAGCCGUCCUUCUCAGAGUAUGCCAGCGUCCAGGUCCCGAGGAAGUGAAUGGGACCAUGGUUUGCUCUAGCACCCAUCUCUACGCGCUUUCUUGUCCCACAGGGAGCCGCCGUGAUGAGCACAGCCAACCCAGUUCCCGGAGGGCUGGAGCGGUGCAGGCUCUGGGACCCAGGGGCCAGGGUGGCUCUUCUCUCCCCACCCCUCCUUGGCUCUCCAGCACUUCCUGGGCAGCCACGGCCCCCUCCCCCCACAUUGCCACACACCUGGAGGCUGACGUUGCCAAACCAGCCAGGGAACCGACCUGGGAAGUGGCCAGAACUGCCUGGGGUCCAAGAACUCUUGUGCCUCCGUCCAUCACCAUGUGGGUUUUGAAGACCCUCAACUGCCUCCCCGAUGCUCCGAAACCUGAUCUUCCAGGGUGGGGAGGAGAAAAUCCCACCUCCCCUGACCUCCACCACCUCCACCACCACCACCACCACUACCACCCAACUGGGGCUUGAGUGGGGAAGAUUUCUCCUUUAGAUCAAACUGCCCCUUCCAUGGAAAAGCUGGAAAAAAACUCUGGAACCCAUAUCCAGGCUUGGUGAGGUUGCUGCCAACAGUCCUGGCUUCCCCCAUCCCUAGGCUAAAGAGCCAUGAGUCCUGGAGGAGAAGACCCCUCCCAAAGGACUGGAGACAAAACCCUCUGCUUCCUCGGGUCCCUCCAAGACUCCCUGGGGCCCAACUGUGUUGCUCCACCCGGACCCGUCUCUCCCUUCUAGACCUGAGCUUGCCCCUCCAGCUAGCACUAAGCAACAUCUCGCUGUGGACGCCUGUAAAUUACUGAGAAAUGUGAAAUGUGCAAUCUUGAAACUGAGGUGUUAGAAAACUUGAUCUGUGGUGUUUUGUUUUGUUUUGUUUUUCUUAAAACAACAGCAACGUGAUCUUGGCUGUCUGUCAUGUGUUGAAGUCCAUGGUUGGGUCUUGUGAAGUCUGAGGUUUAACAGUUUGUAGUCCUGGAGGGAUUUUCUUACAGCGAAGACUGAGUUCCUCCAAGUCCCAGAACCCCAAGAAUGGGCAAGAAGGAUCAGGUCAGCAGCUCCCUGGAGACACUUAGCCUUCUGGCUGGGACUGACUUGGCCAUGUUCUCAGCUGAGCCACGCGGCUGGUACCGCAGCCUUCUGUGACCCCGCUGUGGUAAGUCCAGCCUGCCUAGGGCUGCUGAGGGCUGCCUCUUGACAGUGCAGUCUUAAUCGAGACCUAACGCCUCAGUCUGCUCAUCCGUAAAGUGGGGAUAGUGAAGAUGACACCCCUCCCCACCACCUCUCAUAAGCACUUUAGGAACACAUAGAGGGUAGGGAUAGUGGCCCUGGCCGCCUAUCCUACCCCUUUAGUGACCGCCCCCAUCCCAGCUUUCUGAGCUGAUCCUUGAAGAAGAAAUCUUCCAUUUCUACUCUCCAACCCUACUGGGAUCAAACUGGAAUAAACUGAAGACAGCCAGGGGGAUGGUGCAGCUGUGAAGCUCGGGCUGAUUCCCCCUCUGUCCCAGAAGGUUGGCCAGAGGGUGUGACCCAGUUACCCUUUAACCCCCACCCUUCCAGUCGGGUGUGAGGGCCUGACCGGGCCCAGGGCAAGCAGAUGUUGCAAGCCCUAUUUAUUCAGUCUUCACUAUAACUCUUAGAGUUGAGACGCUAAUGUUCAUGACUCCUGGCCUUGGGAUGCCCAGGGGAUUUCUGGCUCAAGCUGUAAAAGUAGCUGAGCCAUCCUGCCCAUUCCUGGAGGUCCUACAGGUGAAACUGCAGGAGCUCAGCAUAGACCCAGCUCUCUGGGGGAUGGUCACCUGGUGAUUUCAAUGAUGGCAUCCAGGAAUUAGCUGAGCCAACAGACCAUGUGGACAGCUUUGGCCAGAGCUCCCGUGUGGCAUCUGGGAGCCACAGUGGCCCAGCCACCUGGCUCGGGCUAGUUCCAAAUUCCAAAAGAUUGGCUUGUAAAAACCUUCGUCUCCCUCUCUUCUACCCAGAGACAGCACAUACGUGUGCACAUGCAUGCACACACACAUUCAGUAUUUUAAAAGAAUGUUUUCUUGGUGCCAUUUUCAUUUUAUUUUAAUUCUUGGAGGGGGAAAUAAGGGAAUAAGGCCAAGGAAGAUGUAUAGCUUUAGCUUUAGCCUGGCAACCUGGAGAUUCCACAUACCUUGUGUAUUGAACCCCAGGAAAAGGAAGAGGUCGAACCAACCCUGCGGAAGGAGCAUGGUUUCAGGAGUUUAUUUUAAGACUGCUGGGAAGGAAACAGGCCCCAUUUUGUAUAUAGUUGCAACUUAAACUUUUUGGCUUGCAAAAUAUUUUUGUAAUAAAGAUUUCUGGGUAAUAAUGAGUC